AUGGUUGAUUUGAACGCAUUUAGUGACUAUAUGGGGAAGGUCACCGCGGCUACGAGUGGCGUUACAAACUUCUGCAUUGCUGCGAAGCCAACGAAGGACGAGAAAGUGAAGUCGAAGGAUAAAGCGUUUGUGAACGCGCACGCUACGUACGAGCGUAAGGAGUCGGAGCAAUCUACCAAUGCGGCCACUAGUGAUCGCCGAGAGCCGAGCAAGAACACUAGAGGCAAGGGAGGUGAAGCAAACAAGUUCUGUCCCAUGUGCAACGGUCACGACCACACGGCUGCGACCUGUGCAGCGUUCAAGAAGCUUUCCGUGGAUGGUCGAUGGAACUUUGUCAAGGACAAUAAACUUUGCCGCCGAUGUCUGAUUUCUCACAAUCGCUGGCCAUGCGAGGGCGAGGUUUGUGGAAUCAACAGUUGCGAGAAACGUCACCAUCGUCUACUUCACUCUGAGCCUGCCAAGAAACAGUCGGUGAAUUCUUCCGAUGCAACGGUCACCAUCCAUCGUCAACCCGUUUCGUCGACACUGUUUAAAAUUCUGCCUGUGACGCUAUACGGGAAGAAUGGUUCAGUGAAUACCUUCGCUUUUCUGGAUGAUGGAUCAUCUGCAACUCUCGUGGAGCAAACGCUUGCAAACGAGCUAGGAGUGAGCGGAAGCGCGCAUUCCUUGUGCAUCCAUUGGACGAGUGGAAUAAAUAAGCGAAUAGCGACGAAGCAGCUGGAGUCGUUGAGUAUCUCGGAACCCGGAUGCGAAAACCGCUUACAUCUCUCCGAGGUAUACACUGUCGAGAACCUAGGACUGCCUGAACAAUCGCUGGACUUCGAGCAGCUAGCAAAGGAGUUCAAACACUUGCGAAACCUACCGGUCAAGAGUUUCCAUAGAGCCGUUCCUGGAUUGCUAAUAGGACUGAGUAAUUCGCACCUGCUGACCACAACGAAGCUUCGAGAAGGUAACGAGAGCGAACCAGUCGCUGCAAAGACUCGCAUUGGAUGGGUCGUAUGUGGUCAGGUACGAGGGGGAGAACAUUCGUUCAAGCACCGGCAGAUGUAUAUAUGCACAGAUUCGCCGGAUCAAGAUCUCCAUGAUUACGUACGUGAGUUUUUCUCCGUGGAGAGCCUGGGAGUUUCUGUUGCUCCAAACCUGGAAGGGGAUGAAGAUCAACGAGCUCGCCGAAUCCUCGAGGAGAAAACAAUCCGGACGGCAGAUGGGAAAUAUGAAACCGGGCUGCUUUGGAAAGAAGAUUCCUUCGAAUUCCCAGACAUCAGACCAAUGGCUGAGCGACGAUUGAAGUGCCUCGAAAGACGUUUGGAAAAGGAUCCGCAACUUUGCAACAGCGUUCAUCAGCAGGUGGCAGACUACGAGUCCAAAGGCUACAUCCACGUAGUAACGAAGGAAGAGAUGGCAGAGUUCGACCCGCAGCGCACUUGGUACCUACCACUGGGCGUUGUCUUGAACCCAAAUAAACCAGGAAAGGUACGAGUCAUUUGGGAUGCAGCAGCAAAAGUGAGUGGCGUGUCGUUGAAUACGACGCAGUAUGUAGCGUUCAGAGUCAACGAAGUAUUGAACCUGUCCAAAGUUGAAGAAUGGCGUUGGCUUGGGACGAAGAACAAUGUUGCAGAUGAAGCUACGAAGUGGGGGAAGGGUCCGAAUUGCAAUCCUGAGAGCCGAUGGAUGUGUGGACCUGCCUUCCUUUAUGAAGCUGAAAACGAUUGGCCGAAGCACAAACCCAAGAAAACGGACGAAGCGGAAGAGCUGAGACCUGCGUACGUGUGCAGUCACUUGCUGUCUGUGCCGAUGAUCGACCUGUCGAGAUUCUCAAAAUACGAGCGACUACUUCGGAGCGUGGCCCACAUGUUCCGGUUCAUCGAGAAACUUUCGCAACGAAUCGGAAGGUCAACGUUCGACGAUUCUGGAACAAUUAGCCGUGAAAACCUGCGGAGUGCGGAAGAGUAUCUGUGGCGACUUGCGCAGUCAGACUGUUAUUCGGACGAGGUGGCUACGUUGAAGCGGAACAUGGAACGCGAUCCGGAAGAUCAACAACCGUUGUGUCGGAGUAGUCCAUUAGUUAAUCUUCCGCCCGUCAUGGAUGAGCAUGAGUUGAUGCGUGUAGAUGGUCGUAUUGGAGCUGCGGAUUGUCUGGAAUAUGAUGCCAAGGUUCCGGUUAUUCUACCUCGAGGACAUCCGGUGACCGAUCUUCUGCUAGAGUUCUACCACCGAAAGUUUCGUCACGCCAACAACGAGACGGUUGUGAACGAAAUAAGGCAGAAGUUUUACAUCCCGAGGUUGAGGACACUGAUACGAACCGUAGCGAAACGCUGUCAAUGGUGCCGGGUGUACAGAGCCAAACCUGUAGUGCCAAAAAUGAGCCAACUACCUCGAUUUCGAUCAACGCCCUUCGUACGACCAUUCACAUUCGUAGGAAUCGACUACUUUGGACCCUACUUUGUGAAGAACGGUCGCAGUGCUGUCAAGCGGUGGGUCGCAAUCUUCACGUGUCUAACGGUCCGCGCGAUACACCUGGAGUUGGUGUAUGCCCUAAGUACCGACUCGUGCAAGAAGGCAGUUCGACGGUUUAUCGCUCGAAGAGGAGCACCGCAAGAGGUGUAUACCGACAAUGGCACGAACUUCAUUGGCGCGAGCAGAGAGCUUGAGGAUGAACUGCGAAGUAUCAACGGGACCCUGAGUAGUACCUUUACGGACGCGAACACUAAGUGGCGGUUCAAUCCACCGUUAGCCCCGCAUAUGGGCGGAUGGUACGCUCCGUAA